AUGCCUGUCGAUCUGGCGAGCCCGGCAACAAAAUCAUACUGUGAACGAGAGGCUAGAAAAGCCGAAAGCACAUACGACGCCACCCCCUCGCAAGUGGAACUGGAAUAUGAUUACCGACGUCGAUACCCGAGGGAAAUACAGCGAGAGAAACUAGCGAGAGCUAAUAACGUGAUUGCAAAUGACGGCUCUAACAAGUCUAGUCGUCGGGUUGUACAGCUACUUCUGGCCGCCGGUGCAGAUCCAACCAGUCUUGAUGAAAACGGCCAUUGGCCCAUUGACGUGGCAACGAUGUUAGGCUGUGCUGAUAUUGUCGAUGAACUGUCAAAUUCCACCUCAACCCCAAAUCACAAUCUAUUUGAUGCCUCUGCAGAGCUCCUGCUGGCUCUCGGUCAAUCAGCCCCCGUGACAGCAAUAGACGACAUUUUACUCCCCGACGAUCGUGUGCUUCCGCAUGUCAAAGAUGUGCCCAGUUUACUUCCUUCCCUCCUGGACCAGGCCACUGAUCGAGACCUAAGCAAUAUACCCAUGGUUGAGUACCUAGCCACUUUCAUUCCGGAGGUCCCAGAUAAAGAGGCCUUCACAAAUUCCUUAAACAAAUUACCCGGUGGAUCGCGUUGGUGGCACCCCCAUGGUCUCUCUAUUCUUCUUCGCGCCGGACCGACGCCAAAUGAACCACAAGAUAGUAAAUACACCAAUUUGAAUGUGGGACCUCUCCACACUGCGCUACCUUCCAGACAUACCUGCCAUUGGCGCGACCUUACGGCCAGAAUUCUUCUCAAGUUUGGUGCAGAUCCUAACCCUACUUCAUCUCGGCAUGGGUACCCGUUAAAUAUUGCUAUUGAGGUUAACCGGUCAACUGAGAUCAUAGGUCUCCUGAUUAAAAGAGGGGGCUUUCUGUCAGUUGGCUAUAAAGACCAUGAACCGCCGCUUCUUUCUGCAAUCUCCAGCAAGCGUGAUGAUGCUCUAGAGAUCCUGUUGAAAGCUGGCGCAGAUCCAAAUGGCACCAAUAAAGACAAUCCUCUGGUCAGGGCAAUGGACCCAAAGUCGAGCGAUGCAGCCGUGUCCAUCCUUCUUCAAUAUGGCGCCAAUCCACUCCACCCACUCCACGACAAUACAUCGACCGCAUUUCAUGAAAUUUGCCGUGCAAACCAUCGUAUUCAACGUCUUGUUUCAACAGGGCUGGAUCUCAAUGCUCGAUUCGGACAAGGCUGUACCCCACUGAUGAAAGUGCGCAUGGGUUGCCCUAAAGAGGAUCAAGGCAGAGCCGUGUUAGCACUCGUAAAUCUCGGUGCCGAUGUGAAAGCCAUGGAUGAUUCCGGAUCAACAGCACUUCAUUACGCCAUCUGCAGCGGCUACCUCCAAGCCAUCCAGGCCCUUCUAGAACACGGUGCCGAGACCACGCCCUGCAACAACGAGGGCCAUACACCACUGAGAUGCGGACUUAGCAAAUAUAGGAAUCAAAGCUACGUAUUCGAUGCUGUGGCCACUCUCCUCGAUACAGGCGCUAACCCACUAGAGGUAUUCUCAAAUGGCAAAACAGCGCUCCACUAUGUUGCGAUGCUGUUGAUGGACUACAGCAACAUUGACCAAGAGUUCCAGUUUGAAACAGAACAAGGCGCAGAUCAUUUCACCGAUGCCUGGAACCUUUAUAACCGAUUUCUGAAUGCUGGCUGCGAUCCGGCGGCACUGGAAGAUCGUUACGUGAAUCCAGAGGACUGUGCGAAAAUGGCUGAUUGGCAUGGUCUGCGGGAAAUUGAUAAUGAUGGAAAUACACUUUUGCAUACGAUUGCAUAUCGGGAUGGGGGCGUUGAGCCUGAUGAUUAUGAAGCGAAUCUUUUUCAGAUCUUUGUUGAUUUGGGCCUUAGCCCUUGGACAGAGAAUAAGCAGGGGCUUACAGCCUUGGAUAUUGCUUCUAUACACGAGAAGAAGGAGAUAUUAGCAUUAUUUGACCGGGAUGAUUGA